AUGCCGAAGCGAUCACUAGAUGCUAGCAGCCUGUCGCCCACGAUGCCGUUGGACAGGGGCCAGAAGAAGCAGACGGAGAGAUCUCACGAAGAAAACCAAGAGCGAGCUUAUAUUGCUGCCUCGCGGCGGGCAGACCGCAGCAUCGAGGCGCGAGUGCAGUCCGCCAAGAUGGCCAGCGAAAUUCACAAGAAACGUACCGGCAAGGGCUUUAAGAUUUCCGAGGCUAUCGUCCAAGCAGAGGAAAUGUACGAGGAGGAGGAAGAUGACAUGCCUAGGUCCUAUCGCAUGCUAGCUUCUCAUUUGCAGACCGGCUCCGCCGAAUUCGAUUAUCGAGUGAACGCCUUCCUUGCGAACCGAGUCGCGAUGGCCAGCAUGGUUGCAGGUCUUCGUAACCAAGAAUGGGCAGAGAACCCCAUCAACAAGAUGUUCGCGGAACAGUUUCCCAAUGCCAACAAGCAAGCUCAAGCACUGUCUCGUAACCUCACGAACUCCAUGUACUAUCAAUCUGUCGCCCCAAAUGCCAUGCGCCAGCAGCAGGCUGAAACCGACAUUUCAGCUGCAAGCCCUAUGUCCCCGACUUUUAGCACAAUGAGCUACCAGCAGACGCCGCAGCAGCAGCCCAGAGAUCGAUCACAGUCGGUUGCCUCACCUAUGGCUCUCUCUACGCCCGUAAUGCGGGACAACGUGCAAUCGCCACCAGCGUUAUCGCCGUCCUCGGAGGCUGCAGAUGCUACACCGUCGAAUCAUUCCACGUCGACCUUUCCGUCGCCGAUGCCAAGCAUGGACGCAAGUCUGUUCCCUCUCGAAUCCUCUUUCACUGCAGAAUUGCCCAUGGACGCCAAAAUGAUGGCGCCUAACUUUGACAUGAACGAUCCAAUGUCUCAAAUGUUUAUGGGAAACCCGCUACAGCAGCAAAUGUACUACCCGGACAUGGCUGAUUUGAAACACGAUUCUUCCAUGGGUGAUCCGAGCUUGUCUCCUCAUGAGUACUUUAACGGUCACCUGAACCCGUACACACAGCGUUACGAAGGCCUGCAAAGCGAGUGCGCCACUCCGGGGCCGGGGGUUAACGACAAUUGGGAAGCAUUCCUUGAUUUUGGCGACCAGAAUGACACUGGAGCUGUCGACCCGGCAUUGUAG